CUCUGUAGAAAAACUUAUAUAACCGGUUAAGUAACUAAUUAACUCUUUUUUUUGCUCUUCAGCAAAGCAUUAGUGUUUCAGACGAGAGAAUUGUGGCUGAGGAGAAAUGGAAGAACUUCCCUAUGCACUGUUAUCCCACAGUGGUGGAUCUCGGGGUUUUCCAAAACAUUAUGAAAGCAUUGUAAAACAGCACUUCAAUAAUGUAUACCUGGAUGAGUUCAACAACAGCAAAGAGCUAUAUGCCCCAAAGGUACAGGCUCUCUUGUCGUGGUGGCACCAGCCUGUAGUCACCAAAGAACUCAUAGAUUCUCUCCCCAAUCUUAAAGUGAUAUCGAGUUCCGGAGCAGGCGUGGAUCACUUGGAUCUGAAGCUGAUUUCAAGUUAUGGUAUAAAAGUCACCAAUACGCCAGGUGUGGGAGAUGAUGCCACUGCAGAUACGGCAAUGGCUCUUAUGCUUGCAUCUGCCAGAAAUAUAGUACAAGGUCACAGGAUUUCAUGUUCACCAGAUACAAAAGAGUUUAAUUUUAACUGUGUGGGUGAUGACAUCACAGAUGCAACACUGGGCAUUAUUGGAAUGGGCAGUAUUGGCUACAGCAUAGCUCUGCGUGCCAAGGCUUUUAGAAUGAAAAUUCUUUACCAUAACAGGAACAGAAGGGCUGUGGAGGAAGAAUUGGCUGUGGGUGCUGAGUACUGCAGUGAUAUGGCGGACUUGCUCCAGAAAAGUGAUUUUGUGAUGGUGGUUGUCAACCUGACUCCAAAAACCCACAGUUUGAUUGGACGGGAGCAGCUUCAGCUGAUGAAGCCCACAGCAACUCUUAUCAACAUUAGCCGAGGCCAAGUCAUAGACCAGGAUGCACUGGUAGAUGCCCUGAAACAUGGAGUUAUUAAGGCUGCAGCUCUAGAUGUCACAUAUCCAGAACCCCUACCAAGAGAUCAUCCUUUGCUGACAGUAAAGAAUCUUACUCUGACGCCACAUAUAGGGAAUGCAACAGAUAAGACAAGAAGGAGAGUUGCUGAAAAGGUUAUACUAAAUGCAGCAGGCAUCCUCAAAGGUCUGCCUGUAACCGACAUAGUUAAUGCUUUGUAAUCAACUUCCCUAAAUAAAAAAUUAUGAAUACUUUCCACUGUUGUGUAAAAUUCAUAAACGGGAACCUGUACUGAGAACGAUGGAGGUUACUACUACUAACUGGACUUUGGAAAAUACUAGUUCUUUGGCUGUCAUACUGAUCCAGCGACUUUGGUACUUUCUAAGCCACAAACCCAGAACAAGUGUGCAGGGAAAAAAAAGCUCAGACUUUACUUAUCUGUUUGCUUGUUUUAGGUCAGUGGCACAGAAAUGAUUCGGUCUCCUGAAGGAGGUAAAUAAUGACAUCUCCAUAUUUCUCUCACUACAAAUUUUCA